AAAUCAUUCAUUUGUGUACCAUGCACCUAGUGACCCUGAAUUCUAUCCGUUAGUAAUAAAUUGUAGAAACACUAUAGUAUAUAUAGCUCAUGUCGGUGCCUUUCUUUAGUCCUUUUUUGCACUUCUGCCAUUUGCUGAGUAUUAAUAAAACUUAUGCUCAUAAAUUGUGUGAACUCUUCUCUCUUCCUUUUUUCUUCUUCAAUCCAAUACCAGACACUUAUUUGUAGACAAAUCUCUACUUUUCCAUUCUCUAUUCUCUAUUCUCUAUUCUCCAGUUUUCUUCAACCUAGGGACAAUGAAUCAAUGGGUUGGAUCACUUUUCCUAUGCAUUUUGGGCAUGUUGCUUCUGAUGAACGGGUCAGUAGUGGCGGAGGUGGAGACAUGCUCGGGGAUAGUGCCAAUGCAGUAUAGGUAUGAUAAGAUAUCAUUAUUGGACUAUGGAGGUGUAGGUGACGGACGGACGUUGAAUACGAAAGCGUUUAUGGAAGCAAUUUUUCGAAUUCAGCACUUGAAGAGGAGGGGUGGAACGUUGCUUUACGUACCUGCUGGUGUAUAUUUGACUGGUCCAUUUAAUCUUACUAGUCGAAUGACUCUUUAUCUGGCCCGUGGUGCUGUUAUCAAAGCCACUCAAGAUGCCAGUCAAUGGCCAUUAGUUGAUCCAUUGCCUUCAUAUGGGAGAGGAAGAGAGCGACCUGGUGGAAGGUAUAUGAGUUUACUCCAUGGAGACGGGCUCCAUGAUGUGAUUAUCACUGGUGAGAAUGGUACUAUUGAUGGCCAGGGUGAUGUUUGGUGGAAUAUGUGGAGGCAAAGAACUCUUCAAUUCACAAGACCUCAUCUCAUUGAACUAAUGAAUUCCAGAGGCAUAAUCAUUUCUAAUGUCAUUUUCAAGAACUCCCCCUUUUGGAAUAUCCAUCCUGUUUAUUGCAGCAAUGUUGUUAUUCGAUAUGUCACCAUAUUGGCUCCAGCUGAUUCUCCAAACACCGAUGGAAUUGAUCCAGAUUCAAGCUCCCAUGUCUGCAUAGAGGACUCUUACAUUUCCGUAGGGGAUGACCUAGUAGCUGUGAAGAGUGGGUGGGAUCAAUAUGGCAUUGCUUAUGGUCGCCCUAGUCAUGGCAUAACCAUCCGAAGGAUCACUGGAUCAUCUCCAUUUGCUGGAAUUGCUGUUGGAAGUGAAACUUCCGGUGGCGUAGCGGAUGUUUUAGCUGAGCAUAUAAACCUUUUCGACAUGGGAGUUGGCAUUCACAUUAAGACAAACAUUGGUCGAGGAGGGGUGAUCAGAAACAUCACGGUCUCAAACGUCUACAUGGAAAAUACACGAACAGGGAUUAAGAUUGCAGGUGAUGUUGGAGACCAUCCAGAUGAAAAAUUCAAUCCGAAUGCUCUUCCAGUGGUUAAGGGUAUCAAGAUUAAGGAUGUUUGGGGUGAAAAGGUUUUACAGGCUGGUUUGAUCCGUGGUUUGAAGAAUUCCCCUUUCUCUGGAAUUUGUCUCUCCAAUAUCAACCUUCAUGGCAACAACCCCGGACCACGAAAUUCCCCUUGGAAAUGCUCAGAUGUUAGCGGAGCUGCAAUUCAAGUCAGCCCUUGGCCUUGCUCAGAACUCACCAGCAGCCAACAAACUGGUUAUGUGCAUGGUGGAAAUGGUGGUGGCAUAGUCUGUUAGGAAGCCUAGAUGAUCUGGCUCGAAAGUGGCGGUUGAUCGGACGAAGCCGGACAAACGUCAAAGGUAAUGGCUUGAUCUCUUUUCCCUUAAGUUCAGGAAGAUCUUGAUUCUCUUGAACAUGGUGAGUCUCUUUGUCAAGCUUGUUUGUGGGGGUGGCGUCGCGUUCGGGGAGAGUACGGGGAAGUUUGAUAUCAUUUUCUUGUUGAGUUAAGGGUGUGCGAGCAAAUGAGAGGGUGAAGAAGAGGAAGAAAACGGCAAUAGAGAGUUUGGUCAUUGUGUAAAGGAAACUUGUUUGUUUCUUUCUUGAGGAACAAAAAGGAAAGAUAUGGUUUUAUAUAGGAUAAAGCAACGGCAAAGUCGGUUGACCAUCAGUGUGAAUGAAUUAUUAUUUCCUCAUUUGGAAAGGUGGGCAGUAAAUAUGGGGAAAGAAGAGGGUAAGAAGAGGGGAAAAUGUAGUGACAUUUGAAUCCCACAUUAUUUGUGUGUAGAGGGAAAUAGUAACUAUUUGGUGGAUAAAAUUAUUGAUACUUGUGCGGGUGAAAUGUAGCAGGUACUCGAUAUAAUAUGUUUAUAAGCCGCUACUAAUUAAAAAUGUUUAACUUGAUCAGUCCAUAGUGGCAAUACGUCUCCAUUGAGAGGGGUUUGUUUCCAUAAAAGAAUUGUAUUUCUUACAUCACCUUUUUUCACUCUUGUAGCUGGGCUGUUUGUUGGAAAAACUUUGUUCCCAAAAUAGAAAAUUAGAAAAAUAGAACAUAGAAACUUAGAACAGAAAAUUCAAAAAUAAUUUCGAGCCCGCAAAUUUCUUGUAUAUCCUUAAGGAAUUUAAUCUUUUAACUGUUGCCCAAGGUAUACGAAUUAAUUCCUUCUAGGAUAGAACAGAAAACUAUUCUGUAAAAGCGGGACGUUAAUUUACAGAACUUCGGCGAACUCAAAUGGAAGAACAAAUCACACUUAACACUUAUGUUUAUUUUGGAAAACAAUGUAUAGAAAGGGAGAAAUUUCAUUCAGUGUAUGAAAAAUUAAGAGGUGCAAUUCAAAAGGUGCCUCUCCGCCGACAGUCGGUGACAAAACCUACACUGUUCCAUUUGUCAUUGGACAAGGUAGGUUGAAUUAAAAACAGAAGAAAACCAUAAUAUAAAAAUGUAGCAUUAUUAAUUUAUAAAUGUGUGGAGGAUUCAAGUAAAACCCCCUGGACCGAUAUUAUCGAGAUAGAUCCACAAAGUAUUAAUGACGCAGUUUAGUUACAAUAUAAGAACAAAAGAGAGAUCAAUGUUUUCUUGAUAGUGAAGUAUAUUUUUAUAUGUUUUAUGAAGCAGGUGACGCAGAGGCGGAGCUAGAAUUUUAAGCUUAUGAAUUUGGAAUUUUAAUCGCCUUAAGUUAUUGAGUUCUAAAUUAAUAAUUUAUAUAUAUUCAAUGAAUAUAAGACAAAUGUAGGGUUAGUUCGACCCAAAGCUACUGGGUUCGGCCGAAUCCGCUCUCGGCAAUCUAGCUCCGCCCCUGUUAACGACGCUUCAUGUCCUUUCCCUUGUCCGCUCAAAUAUUUAGCCUUGAUUUAUUUGAUCGUUACUAUCUUUUUAAUUUUCUUUUUGUGGCAUUAGGAAAGGCUAAGUAAAAAAGGAAAUGAACGUAAAUACUUAUAUGUACCCGAUGCUUACAUAAAAUUAAACAAGUUAAUCUUUAACAGUUAAAAAUUAAAGUUUAAAUACAUAUCAUAUAGUUAUCAUAAAGUGAUAAAUAUAUGUAUGACAAACAAAUAUCUUGCAUUCAUUAAUUUGACGUAAAUAUUUAAUGCAAGUAAAUUUUUAUCACACAAUAAUUAGAAGGUUACAUCAGUGGACACAGGACAAUAUGAUUCCAUGACAUCAACUUCAUUUGAUCUAGCGAAUAUACUAUCAUGAAUUUAGUACGUAAGCAAGUAUAAACCAAGGUAUAUAUAUCCAAACCAAUAAUUAUUUGUGUUAAAAACAAGGAUUCAAACUCACUAUCUCCUUAAAUCCCAUAAAUAUAUUAAUCCUAAACAUCAUAUAAAACUAUUUUUACCACCUGGAAUUCGAUGUAUUCUAAGAUACUAUAACCAAUAAGACAACACCCCAAACACAAUAAAUUCUCUCCAAGAAACCUCUUUCAGAAAAUUUCCUUAAAUUUACAACCAUUUUUUUAGUUAAAAAGAAAAAAAGAUGUUAUCAAGAGCUUUUGUCACUAAACACCAAGUUAGAAGGAACUUCAACGACCAUGAAGAAAACAGCUGCAGAUCAAUGUCUAUACAUGAGUACGAGGAAUUCAUCAUCGGAUUCAAACAAGACGUCCCCCUCGUAUUUUUCGACGAAAAUAACGAUCCUAAUCAUAACCAUGGUAAAACAGUCGCUCGUUCUUGUGAGCCAAGAUUGACACUAAAAGAAGUGUUGAGGGCUUCAGCUGGGGUUAUGGGAGAGUCUCAUUUUGGUAUGACUGAGAAAGUUGUGCUUUUAAAAGGGAAAAUAUGUGCUCUAAAAAGGUUUAGGAAAGUGGUUGUGAAAAAUAGUGAAUUUGGGAAAAGAAUUGAGAAAUUUGCUAGGGUUAGUAGAGAGUGCAAGCAACUUGUUCCAAUCACAGCUUAUUUAUACUCAAAGAGGAUCAAGUUUGUUGUUUGUGAUUAUUAUCC